UUCAACCAACGAAAUUUUUAUUUCAAUUUUUAACUGCAUGUCAUGGCCCGAACUGCUACUGUCUGACUGCCAGUGAGUGAGCAGAGGGAGAUGGAAACACCCAGCAUAGUGUUCAAGAGACAGUAAAGCAGACACCAUGGGUGGGCUACAGGAGGAGGAGUCCAGCCCCACUGAGACUACGCCCACUGUUCCAUUGGGCUCCGCCCCUAGCCCUCAAAGCGAAGCGGUGACCAAUGAGUUGCAAGAGUUGUCCCUUCAGCCUGCCCCUAACCUGCUGCCAAUCAAGGAGCGUAAGAACGUUCUCCAGCUGAAGCUCCAGCAGAGACGGACCCGUGAGGAGCUGGUCGGCCAGGGCAUUAUGCCACCACUGAAGAGUCCAGCAGCUUUUCAUGAACAGAGACGCAGUUUAGAGCGAGCCAGGACUGAAGACUAUCUGAAGAGAAAGAUCAGUACUCGUCCAGACAGAGCAGAGCUGGUGCGAAUGCAUAUUCUGCAAGAGACGUCAGCGGAGCCCUCUCUGCAGGCUCGGCAGUUGCAGUUGAAAAGAGCCCGUCUGGCUGACGGACUGAAUGAUAAAAUCUCCCAGCGGCCAGGUCCCAUGGAGCUGAUACACAAGAACAUCCUCCCAGUGGCCAGCAGCCUAAAGCAGGCCCUCACAGAAAACUCUUCAUUUGAUGAGGACAGCAGCGACGCCCUCUCUCCAGAUCAACCAACCCAGCAAGAGUCUCCCCUUGACACCACCCCUAAACCCUCCCCCUCUGAAACCGCUGCCAGCUGCACCUCACCUUCUCAGGUCCCCCCUCCUCCUCCACCCCCUCCUCCACCACCUGCUUCUGACCCCAUCCCCAAUCAGAAACCCACCAAUGGGACAGCAGCACAGAGGCCCAGUCUGGGAGUAGUGAAGGGGCAGCGCUGUAAGAAGCAGAGGGAAGGGAAGCCCAAGGUGAAGAAACUGAAGUAUCACCAGUACAUUCCUCCAGAUCAGAAGACAGAGCGGGAUCCGCCCCCUCAGCUAGACUCCGCCUACGCCAACAUUCUCCACCAACAGCAGCUCUUCUUACAACUGCAAAUCAUCAAUCAGCAGCAGCAGCACUACAACUACCACACCAUCCUUCCUGCACCACCCAAGCCUCCAGCAGACCAACAAACCUCCACCACCUCCAGCCCCUCAACAGCCAGGCCUGCCCCGCCCUCCCAGACUACAUCAUCCAAUCAGAAUGGGUCUGGACGUCCAAGCGUGCCUGUUGUGAGCUUGCCUAAACUAGGGCCCCUCCCACCCAACCUGGAUGAGCUCAAGGUGGCAGAGCUGAAACACCUGCUGAAACCAAGAGGCUUACCUGUAUCAGGAACUAAGAAUGAACUCAUUGAUCGGCUCAGGAGCUUCCAGGAGCAGCAUGGAGAGGAUUCUCCCGACACCUCUACAGGGAGCACUAAUGUGCCAACAAAUCUUAAGACCGCCUCUCACACCAGUCCGUCACAACCGAUCCAGUUCUCUGGCCACACCCCUUUCCUAAGCAGAACCGCUGUUUUCCACCAAUCAGCCGACAGAGGUGUGGUGUUGGCAACCUUCCCAUUCGUGGCUGCUGUUAGUGGAGGCAUUGCUCAGACUGUAGCUCCGCCUUUUGCCAGCACAAGUUCCUCCCCACCUGUUUCCCCCGCCCUCUCUGAGCACUCAUUGGCUGGAAUGAGUCCAGAUGAAACAAGCUGUAAUGGAGAUGAAUUUGGUGAAAUGGUGACUUCUCCACUGACUCAGCUCAGUCUUCACCCUUCCCCCCUGCACCCGCAGGUCAUCUCUGUCAAAGAGGAGAUAUCAGGCCUUGAACCUGCGUCCUGCUGCCACUCUCAUUCCCCCUUCUCCACAGAGAUCCUUGUGGACAAGGACCAGAUGUUGCAGGAGAAAGACAAGCGCAUUGAAGAACUAACACGCAUGCUUCAGCAGAAGCAGAGACUUGUGGAGACGCUUCGAUCGCAGCUGGAAGGGCGACGCGUUGUGCAAGUUCGGGUGAAGGAAGAGCCUCCUGACGAGCAGGAGGUGGUGGAGGUGUACAUCAAACAGGAGAUAAAGGAGGAGGAGGAGAUGCAGAUUGAUGAGCAGACGCUGCAGCUGUAUGGGCAGACGCACCAAUCAAACGUCCAGUCACUGCAGCCAGACACGCAGAUGUUUCAGAAAUCACAGUCAGAGUCGCAGUCAGAGUCGCAGUCAGAGUCGCAGUCAGAGCAGAUGCAUUAUGAUGUCAUAGCCGCCUUUUCUCACGUCUCUCAAGUGUUUGUCAGUCUGCACUCAGACUCCGCCUCCUCAUUCCAGGAUCUCCUCAAAUCCCAGACUGCACCCACUCUACUCACAGACAGCAAUGGAAACCAUUUCCUAAUAGCUCUGACCAAUCACAGCACAAAGGACUAUGGCACUGACCGCCCUCAGACGAAACUAACCAAUCACAUGGCACUCAAGAGAUUACAGUCAAUGCCCACCAAACUGCCCAGCCAAUCAGCAAUGCCGAUACACAACACUCAACCCAAGCAGAUUACAGAGCUGGACACAGUCAAUCAGCCAAUGAGAACUGAGAAUGAACAGAAACUGGAGCUAAACAUAUCAGCAAAUCAGACGCAAGAAGCUGCCACUUCUGUUUCUGAUUCACCCAAUCAGCAGCCCUUCCCUGAUCCGGACCCUGCCCCCUCUCCGCCCACCCACGCAGAGUAUGCGUGCCCAGGCUUGGAUGAACAACUGUUUUCGCCUCCCUCUCCUGCACAGAACUCUCCCUGUGACAAGGAAAAUGGAUCCACUGGUCAGAUGGAUGACCUCUUUGACAUUUUGAUUCAGAACGGAGAAAUCCCUGCCAAUUUUAAACAUAUCCCAGAUCCCGCUCUCUCAAAACUUCGCCCAAACACGCCUCCUUUUUCCACCACCCCAUCCCCGGUUCCCCUUUCACCUUUGACCCCAUCUGACCCUGAAAGUCCUGCAGAGCCCACUCCAGAUCAGACCCAGCUCUCUGUCCUGGUGGAGUCCAACGGCGGCGGGUCAGGAAGUGGACGGCUUGAGGACUUCCUUGAGAGCACGACAGGCAAACCCUUGCUGGGGGUGGAGCCUGGAAGCACCCUGACUUUGAUUGACGACCUGCACAGCCAGUUGCUGAGCACCCCCAGCAUUCUGGAUCACCCGCAUUCUCCAAUGGACACGAGUGAGCUGAGCCUAAUGCCACACCCACUAGGCCCAGGAGACUCCGCCCUGGACUGCAUGGAUUGGUUGGACGUUGGUAUAGGUGGAGGGGUGGGGCUACACCCCCCCAGCUCUCACAUGGGUUCCAGCCUGUUCUGUACAGACUUCUUGGACAGUCCAGACCUGCAGUUACACUGGGAUUCCUGA